UGUCUGACGACGUCUCCGAAACCCGCCAGCUGGGACCAAGAGAGAUGGAGGGAGAAGGCAGCAACCAUGGGGUAGCCAUGGAUUCAGGUAACCCCUUGCUAAGAGCCGUCUUCCUCCGUCGCCUGCGACUCACGCGGCUGCUCCUGGAGGGAGGCGCUUACAUCAACGAGAGCGACAGCCAAGGCCAGACGCCGCUGAUGGUGGCCUGCAGGACGCAGCAUAGUGACGCUCAGAGCGCCAGCCGGGUCAAGCUGGUCCAGUUUCUCCUGGAGAAAGGAGCAGACCCCAACAUCCAGGACAAGGAGGGUCGCUCUGUACUGAUGCACGCCUGCCAGGAGCAGGCCGGCCCCGAGGUGGUGUCUCUGCUCCUUGCCAGCGGAGCGGACAUUGGCCUGGAGGAUCAGUCCGGGACGUCAGCGCUGGUCUAUGCAGUCAUGGCCGGAGACUGGAAGGUUCUGAAGCUGAUGCUCGACACAUACAAGGCCAAGGGGAAGGAGGUGAUCAUCAUAACCACUGACCAAUUCCCGUGUGGGAAACUGCAAGCCAAGCAGUACCUCAGCAUGCCUCCCCUUGGUCCUCUUGAUCAGACGGACAAAAUGGCGUCAGCAGCUCCUGCAUCUCCCUCUGAAAUCCAGCUCAUCACCUCCCCACAGUGCACCUCCUCUUCUUUAUGUCCCCCAAAGACUGUCUUCUCCUUUAAAGAAGCCCAGUCCUGUGGCGUAAGCUCCCAUCUAUGCUCCCCAUCACGGUUUCAAAGGCUCCGCAAAGCGCCGGCGAAGGGCCUGCAGCAGCCCCUGCAGCAGCCCCUCCUGAGGUUGAACUCUGAGCCGUGGCUCAAGGUCCCAGCGUCUUAUGCAGCCCCGUCGUUAAAAGACGGCAAAGACGUCACCCAAACUGAGGACCUCGCUCUCAGAAUUCCCAAAUUGGAUGGCACGACUCCAACAACCGACAGCUGCAAAUGGUAUGAAGGAGGAUUGGCAAGGGACAAAGGAGGAGAAGAAGGAAAGAAUGAAUGCCCCAAACACGUGGGACAAAAGCUAUCCUUACCAGGUCUCCUUUCAUCCCACUCUGCCUCCCACCCUAACCUCCAUUCUGCAAACCUUGGAACAGAUUCUCUCGCCUCUUCUUCCUCCUGUUCUGGUGGCAAAAACCUUGGCGCUCCACUUCACAGCAUGGCCUCUUCAAGCCUUCACAGCAUCAUCCAGAGGCGCAAACUCGGGGCGGACAUCUACAGUUCUGACCCCCAGCUAGCUAGAGACAUCCACAAUCUGCCUGAGGAGUCCCAGCAGAAAGCAAAAGACUCAAUAGAUGGUAAGAGGCAUGCCCCGUUACAUUUCUCCGGCACGCUGGGCUCCAAGGAGUCCCUGUCGACCUUGGGCCCGAGCAGGAGAGUGCUGUCUGGGUACGAGCGCAGAGGGUCUGGAACUUUCUUGUUGGACCACAACUCGCAGGCCAGGCCUCGAUCUCUGCCACCUCUGACCCUCGGCUCCACCAACACCCCCGUCUUAAAUGUUUAUAACCUCAGCUCCAGUGCAGGAGGUGGUUUCUGUGAGAAAGAGUCUGGCCUAAAGAGUUUCCUUCCCUCCGCUCCUCCUGGACACCCCAAAGAGCUGACCAGGAGGAUGCUGCUGAGGAGACACUCCAUGCAGACCGAACAGUUCAAAACCUCAGUGUGAAUUUCUGUAGUUCAUCCGCGUGUUUUAAUGUGAAAUGUUCCGUCAUGUGGUGAAAUUCAACGCGGGAAACCAAAGAGGCUAUAAAAGAGAAACAAAGCAUCCUUAUCGACGUAACACACUAUGGGUGGUUUCCUCUGCUUCAGUGUGCCGCGUGGCAUCACUCUGCAUGUGGCUUAAGUGUGAAUGUUUUACUAGUAACACUUCCAGAAACCUGCAUUAAGAUUUUUUGGCCACUUAGUGACAACAGAGCAAGUUUAAAACAUCAUGAUCGACAGCUGUGAUUGACUCUCGAUUAAUUGGCCAGGCGGGUGUAUGGGCGGGACUACUGGGCAGACUGGCUCCAAACUUAUAAGAUGGCAGCGCCUAUAUCCGGGAGAUUUUGGCUUUACUUUUUUACAGUGGGAGGAAGUGGAGACGCGUCGUCCAUCUUUAUAUACAGUCAGUGAUACAGAGCAACAUUAGUACUUAUUUUAAGCCAUGUUUCUGGUCAGUCUGACAAAUGUUAGUCCAAU